UAAAAUGAAGGAAUAACAGAUUGACACUUGACACUGUUAAAGUGAAGGGGACCUGGUCCACCCCAAAUAAAAAUUCUAAUUACACCAAUGUGCAUACAUAUUUACGGUACAUACUGAACGAAAUAUGACGAUCGCUGCGAUUCAGCGACUUCAGUUUCUAAUAAAAUCGUGGAUGCUUCAAAUUAUGGUCGAGGCAUUUGCAAGAAGUUUGAUUGACAAGAUCAUUCUGGAAGCUUUCGACGUUGUGGAGCCCAACAAAGAAAAGCUACGAAUGCUGGAUAAUCAACAGGAACCGGAUGGCAUCGAAUCACAGCCUACACGAACAUCGCUGCAAAUGCAUGAUCGUUCACCUACAGAUUGUAACCAUCUGGAAACGAUGGAAUUGUUAGAGAAGGUGGUGCGCGGUUUACAUAAUCUUCAAAUCGGAGACUCCAUUUUUCAAUCGACCUCUCUAUCAGCAUUAGAGAAGGAGGUAAAACAUCUCGUAUGCAGUAUCAAUAGCGCUUUACCUCAAACCUCGGAUGAAACGGAAGUUACUCAGGGUCAGGGAGACGUGCAUCAAAUAAUACACGAUGCAGUUAUAGAGGCAACACCAGACUCGACGCGUACUCGUCAAGAGAAAGAAACCAAUGGUUCCAACGAAGCAACUAGAAUAUCCGUCAAUCUUCUCCAUCGUUUGAUCGAGGAGCUUGAAACGAAAGCUGAAGAAUCCAUCCAGAAAAAAGAAAACGAGCCGAAAUCUCCCAGCAAAGAGGAAAUCGCUGUUUGGGAGGAAGCUGAGGAACAGUUCGUAAGGACCAUCGACAGCGUUGAUGAUCCAGAUCAGAACAACGCUAAUUUACCAUCCGAUAGUCCGUCCAGAAGUAACGCGCACGAAUUCAAGUACGAAAACUUGACAUCAUCACCAGUGGCACGUCCGGUACCACUUCCAAGGAACAUUUCUUUAGAAGUGGUUGCAAUCGAAGAAAUUGUACCAUCUCCUCUCCCUGUUAAUGAUAAUCUCUCACCGGAAGCUUCUUCCAGUAAGAGUCAAAAUAGGUCUCGGAAGAACGAUUUGCAAUUGAGGAAUCGAAAGAAGAGAAACGUCUUAGGUAGAAUGCGGAAACUGCUCAGGACCAUUUUUGGCCGUCGAAAAAAAUGAUUGCAUCGUGGUUUGGAUGUUUCCUCGAUGGAGUUCGAGAACGAUGCAUAUGUUACUUAACCCUUUCGCUAUGGUCAUCUCUGCCGGGAGGUGUACAUCGCUGAGCAUGGUGGCUUUCUUAGAGGAAAUGGCGAUGUAGGGAAAGGAGGAUUCUAUUACUUAUCCUAACACCUAAUAAUUGCAAUUCCACGUACUGUAAUUUAUUACAGGUAGAUCUACCCAAGCCGGUUAAAUCGCGUUAAGAUGAAUAAUUGAACUUCCUUACGUUACAUAGCCAUUUUCCUUACGGAAAGCUAGCGUACUUAGCAAUAUAUCCCUAAUUAAAUCAUCCAACUCAAUAUAAUUUUCUUCGUAAAAUUUAAUUUUCGUAGGUGCUUUUUAAUUGUAACACGAAAAUUUCUAUUAUAUUUAUUCUGAAAUACAAACACUUUGGGUUGGACGAUUAUAAGUCGGUCGUCGUAGCGAAGGGGUUAAUCGUAAACCUACUUUUUAAAACCGAAAUGCGUUGCUUGUCCGCGUCGAGGUAAUAAAAAUAACUAUCUAGUUUAAUCAUCAGCUGGCCACAGGUACGAAAUGGUCUGCGUACUCUCAGAGUUAUAUCAGACGUGAAACAAAUUCCACGCGUUCCUUGGAACACCGUGGAGGAAAUGAAAUGAUGUAUCACAACAAUUCUUUAUUAAUACAAUUAAUCAUUUUGAUAAAUGUGUACGAAAGUGUAAUUGCUUUAUCAGGUACAGUGUUUCCCGAAUUAUUGUAUCAGUUGUAUCCUCAUCAUUCUUCGUCGGAGGUGAACCCUAAAGUCAUGCAGCUGAUGACUCAUUAUUACGAAAGAUAAGUAUGAAGAGUGAUUCUAUUUUAUCUUUCCUUGACUAUCCAUAUAGACAAAUUAAAUUUUUUUAUUUAACCCUUGAAGCCUUAAAAGCUAUCAUGGGUGAAAUUUCACCCCAAGCUAAUUUGCCCCAGUUAAUUAAUUACUCCAGAUAUUUAUUCAGAUUGUCAGGAAUGAUACUCUAUUAUGACAAAACUGAUAAUGUUCUCAGGUGUUCUUCGUACAGGUAACAACCAAGUUCGUCUAGAAAUGAUAGUUAAUAAUAGUCUUCAAGGAUUAAACUAAGAUCAAAGAAGGUCUCAUUCAGACUAUUGGUUUCAAACUAAAUAAGGUCGUAUUUGGACUCAUUUUCAUUGAAAAAAUUUUCCCUCUUGUAUUAUAAAGUAGAAAAUCUUUUAUUUCUGAUAUACGAUGACUCAUGAUCCUGAACCCUGACCAAUGCUCUAUCUGGCUGCUUCUCAAGUGACGCUCAUCAAUUUUGUUCCCAAGAACCUGAUGACAAUAUUCUUCAUCCUGUUUUUCUGUAAAUUCUCGGGCCCCGAUUGGGUAUUACAAUAAUCCGGCUAACACUGUAUAUUGACAUCGAAGGCCGACCGAGGGGUAUUUUUGUUUGGCGCAUAUACUCUGCGCUGCAGAUCUGGCAGCCGUGACAUACGAACGCUACCGUCGAAAACCAUUUAUCGUAGCAGGAAGCACGUUUUAAAACCGCGAUUGCCUCUCGAACUGUUUUUGGACCGCGGCGUUGCCGAUACCCUGGUUCGUCCGAACUGAGCCUUUCGGGUCUGGUCCUCCUUGUAAUUCUCGUGUGUCCUGAUCACUGCGCCAUCUACAGAAAUAAAAUGAAUAAAUUUGGUAACACCCGAUACCACUUCUGGUUCACGCUCCGUUCGGUUAACAUCCAGUAGCACCAGACACACUACAAUGGCAGACCUCAGCGCCAGGGAAGUCGAAAUCUUCACAUCGUGUAACAAACGUGUUACGUAACGGUUAGCGAGCGAUGAAGCAGAGGUGUAAUCACCCCGAAUGGGAAGCACCAUUUCAAAAAUAGUUACUACUGUGUUCUUAUAUGGCUCGGCGGGGGUAAUCUGACCCACUACUUCCACCAGCAAGUUCUUGAAUCGGUUGCUGGGUGGGAGCUGCUGCGUUUUAAAAUAGAACUAUAUUUUUGAACCAGGUACGCACGAACAGCCACGCUUCAGCUGAUAUUAACCCAGAUUUCACGUUGUGCAUUCUUUGUUUUAAAUGAUCGAGGAAAUUUUUUUCCCCAAUCCGAAGAGUGCCAUUAUUUGUUAAAAUGAGGCUGUUUCUUAUUUUUGAACCGUAGGAACAAAAAGUCAGAAAAUAUAUAAUUAAAUAAUGUUGAAAUUGAUGAUUAUUAGUGGAGCCCUCAGGUAGCGACAAUUUCGAUUUAAUUUCAGACCUUUCUCCAUUUUGAUUUGCCUACAGAAUUAUUUAUUAAAAUUCAACGAAUAACAAGUUUCGAUUAAUAUAAGAAUAAUAAUUUUUUCUGUUAGAA